AUGCGUCGCCUCACGUGUACCCCGCUUGCCUUGAAUGCGGCGGUGGCGUCCCUGCGCACGCUGUAUAGCGCGCAGGUGGAGGACCACUACAACCACCCGCGCAACGUGGGAAAACUUGACAAGGCGGACCCAAACGUGGGCACAGGACUUCGCGGUGCACCCGAAUGCGGUGACAUGACGCAGAUGCAGGUGAAAGUAAACCCUGACACAGGAAUCAUUGAGGAUGUUAAGUUCAAGGCAUUUGGCUGUGGGAGUGCGAUUGCCGCAUCCUCCUACGCGUCCCAAGCGAUUAGGGGGAAAACGUUAUCGGAGGCACUGGAGCUGACUAACAGACAAAUAGCACAAGAACUUUCGCUUCCCCCCGUUAAGCUGCACUGCUCCAUGCUGGCACAGGAGACCAUUCAGGCGGCGGUGGAGAACUAUUUGUCGAAAAACCCCUCGCUUAAGUCAAAGGUACAAAAGAAGCAAACGAAGGAUGCCUCGACCCCCCCAAACUGA